AUGGAAGAAACAUUGAAGAGAGACAUCAGAAGAAUUGAUACCACCUGCAUUGAUCAGCAGCUAAUCAAGUCUUUUAUAAAGCCGUACUAUGGAACAACGACUCUUGCCUUUGUGUUUAAAGAGGGAAUGGUCAUUGCGGUGGACUCGAGGGCAACAUCUGGGCCAUAUAUAGCUUCUCAGACCGUAAAGAAGGUAAUUGAGAUAAACAAGAACUUGCUUGGAACGAUGGCUGGAGGAGCAGCAGACUGCUUUUACUGGGAAAAGCUUGUGGGUCUGUAUGCAAAGAACUAUGAGCUCACAAACGGAAGAAGAAUAACAGUGUCUGCAGCAAGCAUGUACCUAAGCAACUGUGUAUACAAAUACAAGGGGUAUGGUCUCUCGAUGGGGACUAUGCUCUGUGGAUAUGACGGAAGUGAGCCAUGUAUUUUUUAUGUUGACGACGCUGGAAAAAGAAUUAAGGGCAACUUGUUCUCUGUAGGAAGCGGAUCCACAAUAGCUUAUGGAAUUCUUUCUUCAUGCUAUAGGUUCGACAUGAGUAAGGAAGAAGCCUUGAACUUGGGAAAGGAGGCUAUUUUCCAUGCAGCCCAUCGAGACGCCUUUUCUGGAGGAUUCAUCAACCUUUACUACAUGAAUGAGGAAGGAUGGACCAAGGUGGGGUCCUAUGAUGUCAACGACUUUAACAAAGAGUAA